AUGGCUCAGGCUUCUGUAAAUAAUAUUCCAUCACCUGCAGAGGGCAGUAUACCUGUGCAGCCUGUACAGAAGAAGUGUCGUCAGAAUGAGAGUUCGAGUCCUGCUGAUGAUGAAGCAGAUUCUGCUGAAGACCCGCACAGUAUGGAGACCACUCUCACCACCACUGACCCCCCAGCUGACGUAGACACCAGUCAGACCACCACCGACCCCCCAGCUGAUGUAGACUUCACUCUCACCACCACCGACCCCCCAGCUGAUGUAGACUUCACUCUCACCACCACCGACCCCCCGGCUGACGUAGACACCAGUCAGACCACCACCGACCACCCAGCUGACGUAGACUCCAGUCAGACCACCACCAACCACCCAGCUGACGUAGACACCAGUCAGACCACCACCGACCACCCAGCUGACGUAGACUCCAGUCAGACCACCACCAACCACCCAGCUGACGUAGACUCCAGCCAGACCACCACCAACCACCCAGCUGACGUAGACUCCAGUCAGCCCACCACCGACCACCCAGCUGACGUAGACUCCAGCCAGACCACCACCAACCACCCAGCUGACGUAGACUCCAGUCAGCCCACCACCGACCACCCAGCUGACGUAGACUCCAGUCAGACCACCACUGACCACCCAGCUGACGUAGACUCCAGUCAGCCCACCACCGACCACCCAGCUGACGUAGACUCCAGUCAGACCACCACCGACCACCCAGCUGACGUAGACUCCAGUCAGACCACCACCAACCACCCAGCUGACGUAGACUCCAGCCAGACCACCACCGACCACCCAGCUGACGUAGACACCAGUCAGACCACCACCGACCACCCAGCUGACGUAGACUCCAGUCAGACCGCCACCAACCACCCAGCUGACGUAGACUCCAGUCAGACCACCACCAACCACCCAGCUGACGUAGACUCCAGCCAGACCACCACCAACCACCCAGCUGAUGUAGACUCCAGUCAGCCCACCACCGACCACCCAGCUGACGUAGACUCCAGUCAGACCACCACCAACCACCCAGCUGACGUAGACUCCAGUCAGACCACCACCGACCACCCAGCUAACGUAGACUCCAGUCAGACCACCACCAACCACCCAGCUGACGUAGACUCCAGCCAGACCACCACCAACCACCCAGCUGACGUAGACACCACUCUCACCACCACCGACCACCCGGCUGACGUAGACUCCAGCCAGACCACCACCAACCACCCAGCUGACGUAGACUCCAGUCAGCCCACCACCGACCACCCAGCUGACGUAGACUCCAGUCAGACCACCACCGACCACCCAGCUGACGUAGACUCCAGUCAGACCACCACUGACCACCCAGCUGACGUAGACACCACUCUCACCACCACCAACCACCCAGCUGACGUAGACUCCAGUCAGCCCACCACCGACCACCCAGCUGACGUAGACUCCAGCCAGACCACCACCAACCACCCAGCUGACGUAGACUCCAGUCAGCCCACCACCGACCACCCAGCUGACGUAGACUCCAGUCAGACCACCACCGACCACCCAGCUGACGUAGACUCCAGUCAGACCACCACCGACCACCCAGCUGACGUAGACUCCAGUCAGACCACCACCGACCACCCAGCUGACGUAGACUCCAGUCAGACCACCACCGACCACCCAGCUGACGUAGACUCCAGUCAGACCACCACUGACCACCCAGCUGACCUAAACUAUAUGAAAAAAACAACUGUAGAAGAAGAGGCCGGGCGGGGGCAUGGAGAUCCUCAGGUUCCUCUUGGUCUAAAUUCCCCACAAGCAGCGGUCGGGAAUGCACACCUUCCUGUAGUCCCGGCCGACUGUGGGGACUUCGAUCAAGAACAGAAUCCGCAGGACUCCUGUCCCUGCCCUGCAAAAGCAGGAGAGUUCCAAGAAACAGAACAAUCGGGAUCCAGAAAGCGCAAAUUAUCAACAUCCCCUGAUCCAGCGAGGGUAGAGGAGACUCAGCUGGUGAAGGUGAAGUUUAAGGACUGGAAAAUAGAAGAGUUUAUAUGUAUUGACCAGAAACAUUCCUCAAAAAGAAAAAGAGAAGAAUAUAUCUUAGAGUACUGUAAUCUGUUAAAUAUAGAUCAAUAUUUUAAACAGAUCCUAAAAAGAAUCAAAAAGCUGCCUGAGCUAAACAAUAUAAUUCCUUUGCUCCCCGACAGUUCCAUAGACAAUUCCAUAAAAGAUCAAAUUAAGAAUCACAUAAAAGAACAGGAUCCAUCAAAUGAGGAAAAGCAGUUUGCAUUUUAUUUUUUUAAAAAGAAAGAUGUUAUUAUUGAUAAAUCCUCUGAUGUGUUUUAUCCAGUCGGUCGAUCUCAUAGUGAGGAUUUUAUAAUUAAAGAAAUAGAUAAAUUAAUAAAGGAUAAUAUUAUUAAUGAUAAUAAUGAUAAUGAAUAUCGGGGCAGUGAGCUGUGGAUCUACACAGUGAACAGUCCAUGUAUGGGAAAGGAAAGGAGUCACCCCUGUAUAAUUAAGUUAACUCAUUUAUCACUUAAGUUGAAUCAGUAUAGGAUUAAAGUGGUUGUUGUUUUUAAGAAACCUUUUAUACCAAACUUCCUUCGUGAAAAACUUCCUUCUCAAAAUUCCUCAAGUACUGCUUCUACACAGCCUGAAAAUAACAAUAACCCAGAACUAGAGGAAGCCAGGAACACAAUUCUUACAGAUGAUAUCAGAUCCUCCAGAUUUUUUAGGGGAGAUCUAGAACAGGGAGAAUGUUCUCAAGAGAAUUUUGAAGAGUUUAAAGGUAUAUGGUUGGGGUUCAGUAAAGAGGUGGAUAAUAAAAAUCUAGAACAGGGAGAACAUUAUCCACAGACUUUAGAAGAGUUUAAAAAUAUAUGGUCAGAGUUAAGUGAAAAGGUAGCUAAUGAAAAACGUCAGGAAUUUCUGGACUGGUGGUCUGUGAACCUAGAAAAGUCAUAUAAUAAUCUUUAUAUAAACUUAGUAGAUGAUAUACAUAGAGAGGCUCUUCAGCUCUUCAUUCACGACUUGCACAACCUUUUUCAACAGCUUUUCAGUAAUAAAAAUUACUUUCCAAUUCGCUUUUAUGAACUUCCUGAUAUUCAGUUCUAAUUUAAAUUCACACACUGAUAAUGCUUUACUAGUCUGAAAAAAAAACAAUAAAAAAAAAAAACACUU